AUGGCCCGCCACCACCACCGCAACCGCAGCUCCACCCAACUCCCCCAAUACCUCUGGCGAGUGCAAUUCCCGAGCUGCAACACAACCUGGAACGACGAAGGCCUCUUCGCCAUCGACCACAUCAACUCACCCAUCACAAAAGACUACCUAAGCGACUACCUCCGCUCCAUCGAAGAGCACUACCUCCGCGACGAACGCAUGCCAACGCCCUACAUCUCCCUCUUCUCGCACCGCGAACACGCCGAACUCUGGGCGCUCAAACUCCCCAGCGACGAAAUCCACCUUCUCCAAAUCUCCGUCCGCAAACUCCUCCAUAGCCCCAAAUCCCGCAAAAAGUCCUCCUCUUCUUCAUCUUCUCCCUCCGACCGCCCCCAAAUCCUCCCCCUCCCCGCCCUCCUCUCCUCCCUCCCCAUCCCGCCUCCCCCUUCCAAACACCCCGGACAAAACUACAUCGACUCCGCCUUCCUCAUCCCACACCACAUCCCCGCGCACGCCAUCGUCGACGUGCGCACGCGCCCGCAGAUCGAAAUGGGAGCCUUCGAUACGUUUUUCAACUACGUCUGCGUCGACGUCGGCGGGUCGGAGGACUCGGCCGCGAGGAGUUUUCUGUAUUCGAUUCUGGCCAGAGCGGAGAUCACGACGGGGUUGGGGGAGGCGAUUGAGUUGUUGGGCGUGCAGAGGGAGUAUGAGCGGCUUGUGGGGGCGGGGGAUCGGAAGGGGAGUGAUGCGCAAGCGAGAAAGGGGCAGGAUAUGAUUUUCUCCAUGAUGGCGAGGGCGAAGGUUACGCUGACGAUGGGGGAGGUUCUGAAGAUGUUGGCCCUGGUUGGGGAAGUUGGUGAGUGA